AUGACGUCAGAGGCCAUGGCGGCGGCGCUGGAUGCCUGGCGGGUCGCGGCUCCGCGGAGGAAGCGCUCUGCGGCGCGCCGCCCGCGGCGGAGAGAGGCGGCGGCCCGGGGCCCGGAAGCGGAGCCCGAGGCGGACCGUGGGGUCGUGCUUCGUCGCAUUCGGGAGGCCGGGGAGGACCUGCUUAUCUCUGAUUUCUGGAGUUCAUCACUAGAAACCAUCAACAGAUGUCUUACAAAACAUCUGGAACAGCUGAAGGCCCCUGUGGGGACUCUUGAGGAAGCCCUGGGAAACCUGCAUCUUGACUCAUCGCCAGGUGAGUCAGAUGCAGCCACAGGCUCCAUCCCAGGAGACAGCCUGGCCACAGGAAGCUUCCACUUGAAGUGUGUGUGUUACGGCAUUGGGAACUUUGCCAGCUGCGUCAUAGCUAGAAACCAGCUAACGUUUUUGCUCCUCUUCCUGGAAAAGUGCCAGAUCCCCAGAAGUCACUGCUGGGUGUAUGACCCUCUGUUUAGCCCGCUCGAAACUGCAGUUCUUAGCAGCCUGGGUGUGACUGUCCUCAGUGAGAAUGAGGAAGGAAAACGGAGUGUUUGUGGUGAGCCCACCAUCUUUUACAUGCUCCAUUGUGGGACAGCCCUGUACAACAAUCUCUUAUGGAGUAACUGGUCAGUAGAUGCCCUGUCCAAGAUGGUCAUCAUUGGGAACAGUUUCAAAGGACUUGAGGAGAGGUUGCUGACAAGUAUUCUGCAGAAAAAUUACCCCUACAUUGCAAAGAUUUUACAGGGACUGGAGGAGCUUGCGUUGCCUCAGACUUCACAGUACAUGGACGUGUUCAAUGAUACCGCCAUCCAGUGGUUCCCCGUACAGAAACUACAACAGCUCUCUAUGGAUACUUGGGCGUUUCGGGAAGAGCCCGAUUAUCAGGACUGUGAGGACCUUGAAAUCAUACGGAACAAGACGACGGAAGAGCCUUCAGCUACUGACUUGAACUCGCUGUAGUGCAUCCGGUGUUGGCUGAGCGGC